AUAAUUUCUACAUCUGGACCUGCUGAAUUCCUUACAAGAAGUGUUUCACCACCAGACAUAUUUGUGAAUAUGUCUAAAGCUUCAUCUCUAAGAAGACUGUUGGAUUUGAAAAGACAUCGGACGAAGAGAUCAUCUGUAUUCCCAACAGGGGUUAAAGUUUGUCCACAGGAGUCAUUAAAGCAAAUACUCGCAAGUCAUCUAGCAUACUACAGGCUACGAGUCUGUCAGGAAGCUGUGUGGGAGGCAUUCCGGAUCUUUCUAGAUCGCAUUCCUCAGACCACAGAAUAUCAGAAUUGGGUUGACUCUUGCCAAAAGGAAUCUUUCUGCAUUUUCGAUAUUGGGAAAAACUUCAGCAGCUCCCAAGAACAUUUGGAUAUUAUUCAACAGAGAGUUAAAGAGAAGAAGUUUACUGACAGGAGGGAUGAAGUUGCUGAAGAAGGUACUUUGCCUUCUGAGAUUGUUGAACAAACACCCACAUCUACCACUGGACUUUCGUAUCCAGCGCAACAAGUAACGUCUAAUGACACUAUCUUUAAUGAAAUCAUCAACGACACAAAGCCUUCUGUGAAGGAUUUAGAGGUUACCAACCUCGUUCCGGAGCAGCCAAAGCAGCAGACUGUAGAGUUUACAGUGACUCUGAAAGAUCAGGGAUUUACAGCAGAGUUGGAUGACCCGAGCUCACAUCAGUACCAAGAACUAGCUAAAAACUUUCAACUCCAGAUGCAGAAGGUUUUUGAAAAACUCCCAGGUUUCAAAGAAAUACAAGUCUUGCGAUUUAGACAAAAGAAGGAAGAAGAUGGAUCUGAUAGCAUUGUAGUGCGCUAUGCUGUGGUCUUUGAAAGAGGCAGCACUGAUUCUAAAAAUAACAUUGACAAGACACCUACUAUCAUAUCUAACAAAGUCGAAAACGGUAACAAUGAGGAGGAAAACGAAAUGUCAUACACUGUGGUGGAACUCCAGAAUAUGGUUGCCAUGGCACUGCGCGAUGAUCGAUCCCUACCAAUGGAUCUCCAAACACUAUGGUUUGCGGAUGAUCCAGACAAGUCACUUGGAAGUCUGGAAAAUAAUUCUCAGCCUUCUGUCACCAUGUCAACAACAUCUGCAAUGAAUACAGAUUUGGAUGAGACCCUAAAUGCUGAACAGCCUUUAGGUAAUCCUGAUCCAGUAUUAGAGGAUGAAGAGACCGAAGGCAAAUUUAAUGAACUUACAGUGAUUAUAGAAAAACCUGGCACUGAAAAAGAUGCGCGUGGAACCCAAGAUAAAAUUGUCACAGUAGUUACUACUGAUUCUGUUUUUCCCUCAAUUUCAUCUUUCCUUGAAGAAUAUCUGACUGCAUUUCCGGAACAAUCAAAUACAGACCAGCAAGUUCCGUCAAUAGAAUAUGUGGCUGAUGUGGUCAAUGUUAUAAGUGAAGGUUUUACAGUGCCUUUUAAUGCCUCAGAUGCCAAUGAUAAGACUAAUCUGUUAGUUGAAAAUGUGGUGAAUAUCACACCAUCUUCCGUUGACACAGAUAAUGUGAUCACUCCCGUUACAACAAUUUUACCUGGUACUGAUGUCCUGCCUUCAUCUGACAUGUUUCAGGAAGGUGAAAAUCUUAGGAAACAGGAAGACAAAACUGACUACAAUACAGUCCAUGCAAAACCUCAGGAAUCCACAGAAAUGUCUGGUGAUCAUCUAAUGCCAGGAACUGACCUUGGAACCAGCCAUACAGAUUUUCAGACAUUGAACUACUCUGCUAUGAGAACAACAUUUUCACACAUUACGUUAGGAAGCACAGAGGUCCCGGAAACAAUCAGAUCUAGCACUCCCAGCUAUACCUUUUCCGAAAGUAAUAAAAUCACUAUUGUGCCACCAGCAACUGAAAGCCUUCCUGGAUAUGAUGACCAUCAGGUUGACCAAGCUGAAUCAUCUGGGGAUUAUGAAUAUAAUAACCCUACAGAUAACAAUUUUCUUCCAUCCCAUUCCCCAUAUUUACAAACAUCGGAAAACCUCAAUAACACUUUUGCAGAAGAUGAAAUACCUUCAGAAGGACUGGAUUUAAUUAGUACGAUUGACACAUUGCCUGCUUAUGUAGACACAAGUUAUUUAUUAUCUACCACACCAGGAUCUGAAAGUACCAUCAUUGAACCUGCCUUUAAUAUAUCAUAUGUGGAACCUUCAGAGUUACCUAUGGGCUACCAGGAACCUACUACACAAACUAUUCCAGAAACAACAGGACUGAUUACUGUAAUCCCCAUUGCCACUGAACCUCAAAUGUCAAUAACAGGUGACAAAAUAGUUGUAACAAAGGACACUUGGCUACCAGAAAUAAUAGAAAACACCCAAGUUGCUCUAGGUGAUACAGUAACAACUGUGGAAGGAGAUUUUGUGAUAGAGCGUUCUACGUUCAUGGAGACCACCAUCACCAUUGCAAAUGUUGCUGUUAGUGAUUCUUCCAUUGAAGCUGAAACUGAAAUGUAUAACACUACAGUAAUACAGGCCAGUGGCUACUCUUCAUCUCAAGAAAUACUUUCCAAUGAUACAACACCUUUCUCUGAUUUAAAGCCUCUUUCUUCGACCUCUGAAAUAUUGGCUGAUAAAGGAAAAGAUCUUGUUGUGUUCUUCAGCCUGAGGGUGACUAAUAUGCCAUUUUCUGAUGAUCUGUUCAAUAGAAGUUCUCCAGAGUACAAGGCACUUGAACAACAAUUCCUCCACCUUCUUCUUCCAUACCUCCAGUCCAACCUUACAGGCUUUAAGCAACUUGAAAUCUUAAACUUUAGGAAGGGGAGCGUGAUCAUCAACAGCAAGCUGAAGUUUGUGAAACCGGUGCCGUAUAACGUCACUGAAGCUGUGCACUGCAUCUUAGAAGACUUCUGCCACACUGUAGCUGAACGUCUCAACCUACAAAUUGAUAGCUACUCACUAGACAUUGAACCAGCUGAUCAAGCAGACCCAUGCAAAUUCAUGGCGUGUGAUGAAUUUUCAGAAUGUUCGGUAAACACCUGGACAAAAGAAGCAGAUUGCAUUUGUAAACCUGGUUAUAAAAGUAUCGAUGGAUUACCAUGCCAAAGUAUUUGUGAACUGGAACCCAAUCAUUGUCUCGAUGGAGAAAAGUGUGAAGUGGUCCCUGGAAUGGGAGCGGUUUGCAGGUUACCAGAUUCCGUUACCAAACCAAGCUUGAAAAGCGGAUUGUGAAAUUAUUUCCUUCAGCAAUUUUUGUAAGAAAAAAAA